GUGUACCAGGCACACACAGAGCAGGACAUCCUGAGAGAGAACAGUGGAUCACUGUGGACUACCAAACCUACAGGACCUCAAACUUACUGGGCCACAAUGGAAACAGAGAAGAAGACAGCAGCAGAACAGAUGACGGAAAGUGACUUGUCUGAACAAAUCAAAGAGGUGACCAGGGAGAGUCACGUCAGGGCAGAAAGCACAGAGAUGAUGCUGAGCUUCCAGAGAGGACAAGUCAGCCCGGCACAAUAUAAGCUCCUUCUGUGUUCGCUGUAUGAAAUCUACCUGGCGCUGGAGGAAGAAAUGGACAGGAACUGCAACCACCCUGGUGUCGCACCAAUUUACUUCCCCACAGAACUGGCCAGGCUGGAGUCCAUCAAGAAAGACCUGGAAUUCUUCUACGGCCACGACUGGAGAGAAAAGAUUGUUGUACCUGCAGCCACCAAAAGAUACUGCCACAGACUCCGACAGAUUGGUCAAGAAAACCCUGAAUUUCUACUGGCCCACGCUUACACCCGGUACCUCGGAGACUUGUCUGGCGGCCAGGUCCUGGGUCGGAUCGCCCAGAAGUCCAUGGGGCUGAAGAGCAACGAGGGUCUGUCGUUCUUUACCUUCCCCGGAGUCUCCAGCCCCAACCGGUUCAAGCAGCUCUACCGCAGCCGGAUGAACAGCGUGGAGCACUCAGCGGAGCAGAGGAGCGGCGUGCUGGAGGAGGCUGUCAGAUCCUUCGAGUUAAACAUUCAGGUAUUUGAUGAUAUACAGAAGCUUCUGAGUGUCACUGGAAACCAGCAGCAGAACAAUUCCACACCCUCCAAACUAGUGACGGCGGUCCAGAUCCCUGGAGCCAUCGCGAACAUCUCCCCUCUACUGAAGCUUGUGCUGGGACUCUUUGUGGUUCUGGCUACUUUCAGUAUGGGAGUCUACGCUUUUUAGAGACAAUACACAAUCAUACUAACACUGUUCGGAUUUUUUGUCAAAAUACUGUGGAAUAUUUUUUUAGUUUAAACAGAAUUAAAUUAUGUACAUAGUCUUUCUCUGCAACAUUUACAAAGCAUGUGUUAAACAUGUAUUACCUCAAUACUGUCAACGUUAUUUUUUAAUAAAAUAUUUGUUGAAAGAAAA